AUUAAUACAUAAGUUACUCUAAAUUGCCCAUUCAAAUAACAUAGUUCUCUUGCAAUAUUAGCUAAAAUGUCUUCAUUUUUGUGUUUUAUUUGUCACAGCACAGUUAAUUCUGAUACAAAUGAAGAAAUUAGAGAAAAAUACAGAGAAGUCAUCGGAAUGAAUCUUUGUUCAGAUUCUUAUCUAUGUCACAUCUGUUGCCAUAUCUUAAAUAAACUAGCCUGGUUCAGAUCAAUAUGUCUAAAAAGAAGCUUGGAAUAUCCAGUACUAUUUCGUGAAAAGGGUACAUUAAAUCUACAAAGAACUGAUAUUGACUUACAAAUAUUAUGCACAGAUAAUGAAUGCCAAAAUAUAGAUAAUAAGAAAUAUAUAAACUAUGAAAUAUAUGUAAAUAAUGAUAGCAAAUGCAAUGAACAAGAAUAUAUAAAACUUGAAGAUGAACAAACUGACAAUAUAUCUAUAACAGAUGUUAAAAGUGAAUAUAAUGAUUGUGUCUACUUUAAUGAUGUGAAUAAUCAUAAAGAUGAAGAAGAUGAACAAUUUAAUGAUUCAAAAAAUGAUAUUAAUGAUUACAAUGAAGAUGAUGUAGGGUAUAUUGAAAAUAAUUCACAAGAUCUACUAAUAGAAGAUACAAAUAUAAAAAAGAAAUCAAAAAAAUCAAAAAAGAAAGGUUUCGAAAAGAUAGUAUUAAGCAUAGAACAGCAGAAAGCGGAAUUAGAAGGGAAUAGAAAGGAAAAGAAGUAUUUGGAAUCUGAAUUUAAAUGUUUUAACUGCGCUUUGGGUUUUCUAUUCAAAGAUACUUAUCAAACUCAUAUGAUGAGACAUGAAGAGUCAAAUGGUGAAUACCGUUGUACACUGUGUACACUUCGCUUCGCAACUCACGCUGUGCUUCGCUCUCACACUUCGCUGCAUUCGGAGAGAUAUCGUUGUGUACGCUGCGAUGCGUUGCUUCGGCCUCGAGCACGGGCGAAGCACGCUGGGGAGUGUUACAGAAGUGUUGGUGGUGAUUAUGUCGCUUGUCAUCUGUGUGCUAAUUUGUUUAAGGAUACAAGUGGUUUACAACAACAUUUAAGAAGGGUACACAAUUCUCGCACUGGAAGGGUGUUCCCGUGUUCAGUUUGCGGGGAGACUUGUCGUAAUCAAGCCGCUGUAAGAACACAUAUGUUGAAGCAUUUAAAGAAGAAAUUCCCAUGUGAUACAUGUUCAGCGGUGUACAGCAGUCCGUACACACAGAACCAGCACAAGAAGAGACAUCAGAUGACAGGGGAGAGACAUUACUGUACAACUUGCGGACUUAGUUAUUCCACAAGGAAGAGUUUGUUGGCACAUAGACGUAAUAGUUUGAAUCAUCAACAAACUGUUUUCGAAUGCGGUAAAUGUCCUCGAGUACUACCUCACAAGAGGGCGCUGGAGGCACACGAGAGGAGAACUCACUCUAACACACUACCUAAAACUACCUCUAGAAGACUACCUGCUGAAAGACGCGUCUGUCAUCUCUGCGGGAAGAGUUUUAAGGGUAACAGCAAAUUGAAUAGACAUCUGAAAGAAGUUUGCGAGAAAAGAUCCGAUGAACAAUCUUUAGAUGUGUAUGAAUAAAUAAAUCUAUAUAUAAAAAAGAAAGUGGUGUUAGUUACA